AUGGCAUUCCCAACUGUGAACCGUACCCACCCAUACACCCGUGUUCUUUUCCAACUGGCCUCCACCUCUUUUAUCCCCUUUCACCUUCUUUUUCCCUUUCUCUUCUCUAUCUCUUCGCCUUCCCUUUCUUCUUUUCCCUUUCUCUUCUCUAUCCUUUCCCUUUCCUUUCUUCUUUUUCCCUUUCUCUUUUCUCUCCCUCCACUACAUUUUCUUCUUUUUCCCUUUGUCUUCUCUGUCCCUUCCACUUCCCUUUCUUCUUUUUAUAUUUCUCUUCUCUGUCACUCCCCCUUCUCUUUCUUCUUUUUCAUUUUCUCUUCUCUGUCCUUCCCAUUCUCUUUCUUCUUUUUCCUUUUCUCUUCUCUGUCUCUGUUCUAUUUCUUCUUUCCUUUUCUUCUCUUCCUUUUUUCUUUUUCUUCUCUUCUCUGUCCCUUCUAUUUCUUCUUUUUCCUUUUUCACUUCUUUGUCCCCUUUCCCUUUCCUUUUCUUCUUUUUCCUUUUUUUCUUCUUUUCCCUUCCUCUUCUCUUCCUUUCCCCUUCCUUUCUUUUUUCUUUUCUGUCCUGUCCCUUCCCUUUCUUCUUUUUUCUCUUCUCUUUCUCUUCUCUUCCCUUCUUUUCCUUUUUCUUCUCUUUUUCCCCUUUCUUCUUUCUUUCUCUUCCCUUUCCUUCCCUUCCCUUUCUUCUUUUUCCAUUUCUCUUCUCUGUCACUCCCCCUUCUCUUUCUUCUUUUUCAUUUUCUCUUCUCUGUCCUUCCCACUCUCUUUCUUCUUUUUCCUUUUCUCUUCUCAGUCUCUUCCCCUUCUAUUUCUUCUUUUUCCUUUUCACUUCUCUGUCCUCCACCUUCUCUUAUUUCUUUUCCCUUUCUCUUCUCAAUCCUUCCUACCUUUCCCUUUUUCUUUUCCUUUCUUCUUCUUUUUCCUUUCUCUUCUCUGUCUUUCCCCUUCUCUUUCUUCUUUUUUCCUUUCCUCUGUCCUUUCCCUUCCUUUCUUCUUUUCCCAUUUCUUUUUUUCCCCUUUUUCUCUUCUUCUUUCUCUUCCCCCCCCCUUUCUUUCUUUUUUCCUUUCUCUUCUCUGUCCCUUCCUCUUCCCUUUCUUCUUUUUCCCUUUUUCUCUUCUCUGUCCUUUCCCCUUCCCUUUCUUCACUUUCGUUUUUUUUCCUUUCUUUUUCUUCUGUUUCUUUUGUCCUUUUCUUCUCUUUCUUUUUUCUUUUUCCUUUUCUUCUCUGUCUCUUCCCCCCUUCUUCUUUUCUUUUCACUUUCUUUUUUCCUUUUUUUUUUCUUCAAUUCCUGUCCCCUUCUCUUUCUUUUUUUUCUUUUCUCAUUUUUCCCCAUUCUCUUUCUUCUGUCCCUUCCUUCUCUUUUCAUCUUUCUUCUUCUUUUUUAAUUUUUUUCUGUCCCUCCCCCCAUCUCUUUUUUUUUUCCUUUUCUCUUCUCUGUCCCUUCCCUUCCCCUUUCUUCUUUUCCCCUUCCUUCUCUUUUUCCUUUUUUUUUUUCUCUUCUCUGUCUUUCUUCUCUUUCUUCUUUUUCUCUUUUCUUCUCCGUCCCUUCCCUUCUGUUUCUUCUUUUUUCUUUUCUCUUCUUCUUCCCUACCCCUUCUCUUUCUUUUUUCCUUUUCUCUUCUCUGUCCUCCACUUCUUUUUUCUUUUUCCUUUUCUUCUCCUUCCCCUUUCCUUCUUUUUUUCCUUCUCUUCUCUUCUUUCCCCAGCCUCUUUCUUUUCUUCUUUUUUCCUUUUCUCUUCUCUGUCUUUUCCCCUUCUUUUUUUUUUUUCCUUUUCUCUUCUCUCUUUUUCCUUCUCUUUCUUCUUUUUUCCUUUUCUUUCUCCUUUUCCCUUCUCUUUCUUCUUUUCCUUUUCUCUUCUCUGUUUUUUCCCUUCUCUUUCUUCUUUUUUUUUUUUUCUCUCUUUUUUCUCCUUCUCUUUCUUUUUUCCUUUUCUCUUCUCUGUCUUUUCCCCUUCUCUUUCUUCUAUUUCCCUUUUCUCUUCUCUGUCCCUCCCUCUUCUCUUUCUUCUUUUUCCUUUUCUCUUCUCUGUCCCUCCCUCUUCUCUUUCUUCUUUUUCCUUUUCUCUUCUCUGUCUUUUCCCCUUCUCUUUCUUCUUCUUCCCUUUCUCUUCUCUGUCCCUUCCCCUUCUGUUUCUUCUUUUUCUCUUUCUCUUCUCUGUCACUCCCCCUUCUCUUAUUUCUUUUUCCCUUUCUCUUCUCUGUCCCUUCCCCUUCUUUUUCCCUUGCUCUUCUCUUUCUUCUUUUUCCUUUUCUCUUCAUUGUCUUUUCCCCUUCUCUUUCUUUUUUUCCUUUUCUCUCUCUGUCUUUUCCCUUCUCUUUCUUCUUUUUCCUUUUCUCCUCUCUGUCUUUCCUUUUCCUCUUCUUUUUCUUUUCUCCUCUAUUUCCCCUUCUCUUUCUUCUUUUCCUCUCUUCUCUGUUUUCCCCUUCUCUUUCUUCUUUUCCUUUUUCUCUUCUCUGUUUUGCCUCUUCUCUUUUCUUCUUUUCCUUUUCUCUUCUUUGUCUUUUCCCCUUCUCUUUCUUCUUUUCCUUUUCUCUUCUCUGUCUUUUCCCCUUCUCUUUUUCUUUUCCUUUUCUCUUCUCUGUCUUUUCCCCUUCUCUUUCUUUUUUUUCCUUUUCUCUUCUCUGUCUUUUCCUUCUCUUUCUUCUUUUUCCUUUUCUCUUCUCUGUUUUUUCCCCUUCUCUUUUUCUUUUUUCCUUUUUCUCUUCUCUGUCUUUUCCCCUUCUCUUUCUUCUUUUUUUCCUCUUCUCUGUUUUUUCCCCUUCUCUUUCUUCUUUCUUUUUUUCUCUUCUGUCUUUUCCCCUUCUCUUUCUUCUUUUCCUUUUUUCUUCUCUCUUUUUUCCCUUCUCUUUUUUCUUUUUUUUUUUCUUCUCUUCCCUCCCUCUUCUCUUUCUUUUUUCCUUUUCUCUUCUCUUCUUUCCCCUUCUCUUUCUUCUUUUUCCUUUUAUCUUCUCUGUCCCUUCCCUUCUUUUUCUUCUUUUCCUUUUCUCUUCUCUGUCCUUCCCUCUUCUCUUUCUUCUUUUCCUUUUCUCUUCUCUGUCUUUUCCUCUUCUCUUUCUUCUUUUCCUUUUCUCUUCUCUGUCCUUCCCCUUCUCUUUCUUCUUUUCCUUUUCUCUUUUCUCUGUCUUUUCCCUUCUCUUUCUUCUUUUUCCUUUUCUCUUCUGUCUUUUCCCCUUCUCUUUCUUCUUUUUCCUUUUCUCUUCUCUGUCCCUUCCCUUCUCUUUCUUUUUCCUUUUCUCUUCUCUGUCUUUUCCCCUUCUCUUUCUUCUUUUCCUUUUAUCUUCUCUGUCCCUUCCCCUACUCUUUCCUCUUUUUCCUUUUCUCUUCUCUGUCCCUCCCUCUUCUCUUUCUUCUUUUUCCUUUUCUCUUCUCUGUCUUUUCCCCUUCUCUUUCUUCUUUUCCUUUUCUCUUCUCUGUCCUUCCCUUCUUUUUUCUUCUUUUCUCUUUCUCUUCUCUGUCCUCCCCUUCUCUUUUUUCUUUCUUUUCUCUUCUCUUCCCUUCCUUCUUUUCCCUUGCUCUUCUCUUCUUUUCCUUUUCUCUUCUUCUUGUCCUUUUCUCUUCUUUGUCUUUUCCUUCUCUUUUUCUUCUUUUUCCUUUUCUCCUCUCUGUCUUUUCCCCUUCUCUUUCUUCUUUUUCUUUCUCCUCUCUGUUUUCCCCUUCUCUUUCUUCUUUUUCCUUUUCUCCUCUCUGUCUUUUCCCCUUCUCUUUCUUCUUUUUCCUUUUCUCUUCUCUGUCUUUUCCCCUUCUCUUUCUUCUUUUUCCUUUUCUCUUCUCUGUCUUUUCCCCUUCUCUUUCUUCUUUUUCCUUUUAUCUUCUCUGUCCCUUCCCCUUCUCUUUCUUCUUUUUCCUUUUCUCUUCUCUGUCUUUUCCCCUUCUCUUUCUUCUUUUUCCUUUUCUCUUCUCUGUCUUUUCCCCUUCUCUUUCUUCUUUUCCUUUUAUCUUCUCUGUCCUUCCCCUUCUCUUUCUUCUUUUUUCCUUUUUCUCUUCUCUGUCUCCCCUUCUCUUUCUUCUUUUUCCUUUUUUCUUCUCUGUCUUUCCCCUUCUCUUUCUUCUUUUCCUUUUAUCUUCUGUCCCUCCCCCUUCUCUUUCUUUUUUCCUUUUCUCCUCUCUGUCUUUUCCCCUUCUCUUUCUUCUUUUCCUUUUCUCUUCUCUGUCUUUUCCCUUCUCUUUCUUCUUUUCCUUUUCUCUUCUCUGUCCCUUCCCCUUCUCUUUCUUCUUUUUCCUUUUCUCUUCUCUGUCUUUUCCCCUUCUCUUUCUUCUUUUUCCUUUUCUCUUCUCUGUCUUUUCCCCUUCUCUUUCUUCUUUUUCCUUUUCUCCUCUCUGUCUUUUCCCCUUCUCUUUCUUCUUUUUCCUUUUCUCCUCUCUGUCUUUUCCCCUUCUCUUUCUUCUUUUUCCUUUUCUCUUCUCUGUCUUUUCCCCUUCUCUUUCUUCUAUUUCCUUUUCUCUUCUCUGUCUUUUCCCUUCUCUUUCUUUUUUUCCUUUUAUCUUCUCUGUCCCUUCCCCUUCUCUUUCUUCUUUUUCCUUUUCUCUUCUCUGUCCUUUCCCUUCUCUUUCUUCUUUUUCCUUUUCUCUUCUCUGUCUUUUCCCCUUCUCUUUCUUCUUUUCCUUUUAUCUUCUCUGUCCCUUCCCCUACUCUUUCCUCUUUUUCCUUUUCUCCUCUGUCUUUUCCCUUCUCUUUCUUCUUUUUUCCUUUUCUCUUCUCUGUUUUUCCUUUCUCUUUCUUCUUUUUUCCUUUUCUCUUCUCUGUCCCUCCCUUCUCUUUCUUCUUUUUCCUUUUCUCUUCUCUGUCCUUUCCCCUUCUCUUUCUUCUUUUUCCUUUUGUCUUCUCUGUCUCUUCCCCUUCUCUUUCUUCUUUUUCUCUUUCUCUUCUCUGUCACUCACCCUUCUCUUAUUUCUUUUUCCCUUUCUCUUCUCUAUCCCUUCCCCUACACUUUCCUCUUUUUCCUUUUCUCUUCUCUGUCCCUUCCCCUUCUUUUUCCCUUUCUCUUCUCUGUCUCUUCCCCUUCUCUUUCUUCUUUUUCCGUUUCUCUUCUCUGUCCUUUCCCUUUUUUCUUCUUUUCUUUUUUCUUCUCUCUCUCUUUCCCCUUCUUUUUCUUCUUUUCCUUUUUCUCUUCUCUGUCCCUUCCCUUUCUCUUUCUUCUUUUUCCUUUUCUCUUCUCUGUCACUCCCCCUUCUCUUAUUUCUUUUUCCCUUUCUCUUCUCUGUCUUUUCCCCUUCUCUUUCUUCUUUUUCCCUUUCUCUUCUCUGUCCCUUCCCCUUCUCUUUCUACUUUUUCCUUUUCUCUUCUCGGUCACUUCCCAUCCUCUUUCUUUUUUUCCCUUUCUCUUCUCUGUCCCUUCCCCUUCUCUUUCUUCUUUUUCCGUUUCUCUUCUCUGUCCCUUCCCCUUCUCUUUCUUCUUUUUCCCUUUCUCUUCUCUGUCCCUUCCUCUUCCCUUUUUUUGUUUUUCCUUUCUCUUCUCUGUUCUUUCCCCUUCUCUUUUUUCUUUUUUCCUGUUCUCUUUUCUUCUUUCUCCUCUCUGUCUCUCUUCCUUUUCCUUUCUCUUUCUUCUUUUAUCCUUUCCUCCUUUCUAUUCUCUUUCUCUCUUUCUUUUGCUUUCUCUUCAUUGAUUUCUCAUUUCUCUUCUUCGCCUCUCUUCCUCCUCUUUUUCUUCUCCUUUAUUUCCUCUCUCUUUCUUUAUUUCGCCUUCUUUAUCUUCUUUUCUCGUCCUCUUCUUUUUUCCCCUACUUUUUCUCCUUUCCUCCUUUCUCUUCUUCUUCUUCUCUCUUUCUUUCCCCUUCUCUUUCUUUUUUUACCCUCUCUAAUCUGUCUCUCUUCCUUUUUCCUUCUCUUUCUUUUUACCUUCUUUCUCUUUUUACUCUCUCUUCCAUUCCCCUUCUUUUUCUUCUUUUCUCCUUUCUCUUCUCUUUCUCUGUUCCUUUCCCAUUCUCUUUUUUCUUUUCCCCUUUCUCUUCUCCUUCUCACUUCCUUUCGCUUUCUCUUUCUUCUUUUCUUCUUUUCUCCUUUCUCUUCUCUUUCUCUCUUUCUUUUCCUUUCUCUUUAUUCGUUUCUCCUUUCCUUCUCUGUCUCUCCUUCUUUGCCCUUAUCUAUCUUCUUUUCUCCUUGUCUCUUUCUUUCCACUUCUCUUUGGAAAAUAGAUCUUAG